CCAGAGCCACUGGCGCUUCCCAGCUCGGCUCUGAAGAUGGCGGAGCGCGCUGUCGCCGGCGGCGGCAGCAGCACAUCCUUGCGUGGUCUGCGGGAACGCAUGGUUGCUGAGGCUCAAGCAAUUGCUGAAGAAAGGCGAAGUCAGAGUGGAGUUAGUUCUUUGGCCACGCAUUCGCCGAAUAUAAGAUCAACAGUGAAACCUGUUAUAGAUGGGUCUGUGCUUAAAAAUGAUAUGAAACAAAAGUUAGCAAAGGAGCGCAGAGAAGAAAGAAAAAGACAAGAAGAAGCCAAUAAAGAACUACAAAUGCUUGAAAAAGAAAGAAAGGCCAAGCUCCAGUAUGAAAAACAUUUGGAAGAAAAGCAACGAAAGCUAAGGGAACAAAAAGAGAAAGAUGAGCGGCGAAGAAUAUCUGCAGAAGAAAGAAGAAAACAAAAAUUAGAGGAAGAAAGGGAAAGAUACAAUGCUGUUCUUUCUCGUACUUUGGAACGGAGUAAUCUUAUGGAUCAACGGCAAAAGAGAUGGUCAUGGGAGGGCUCUACCAUGAUGAAUUCUGAAAACAAACUCGGAAAAACGGAAAAUAAGAGAAGCUCAUCUUUGAACAGAAAAGAGAGCAAAAUGCGUUCCUCUAAUGACACAGGACAUAUGGAAGAUAAGCCGGCUCAUCGCUUUCAUAAUAAUACUCCAGAGAAUAAUUUAAUCAGUCGUCUUCUCAUCCCAACAAAAGCAUCAGUGGCCAGAAGCAAAAGUGCUGCCUCAUUACCCAUCCCAGGAAAAGAAAGUCCAGGCAUCAACAAAAAAUACCUACUCCAAUACAUACACAUGCCCUCGCGGAGCCAUAGUAGUGAGGACUUGAAGACUUCCAGCAUGCACAGCAAGUCAACUGAGAAAACACCUCUACAGACCAAAGUAGAUGCUGCUCCCCUGGAGAAGGUAGAAACGCCCCUCAAGGCAAAAGUGAAAGUGACUCCCACAGCAUCUUCUGCAGCAAGCAGCGAAGAACUCCCCGAGGUGAAGGUGGACUCCGCCCCCCAGGUGAGUAUGGAUGCAACCCCGGUCGUGAGCAUGGACCCGACACCCAGAACGAGCUUGGAGGCAACCCCUGGGAUGAGCAUGGAUACAGUCCCCAGCUUGAGCUCAGAGGCGACACUGGGAGAGAGCACAGACACACUUACUGAAUUGAGCAAGGACACAUCCUCCGAGGUGAGCAUGGACACCUCCUCCCUGACCAGCGUGGACGUAUCUCCAGUGGUGAGCUUGGACACCUCCCCGGAGGUGAGCACAGACACUUCCCCUGUGGCAAGCAUGGACUUCUCUCCUGAAGGGAGCAUCGAAGCCUCCCUGGAGGGUAUGCAGAUGCUGCCUGAACAAAGUGUGGAAGCUCCCUCUAGGGCGAAUACAGAAGCAGGGCCCAAGAUAAGUGUGGAGGAACCUUGCAAGGAGAGUGAGGACGCCCCUCCUGAGGUGCUGGUAGAAGCAACCCCCCAGGCGAGUGUGGAAGAGCCCCCCAAAGAGUCCCCUAAGAAACCAGAAGCGGACAAACAGACCUCAAACCCUGUUAUCAAGAAGCGCCCAUCGGGAAACAUACCACGUUACAAAUGGCCUUCAUCUCCUACAAGGGAGAGGCGUCCACCCUCACCCAUAACUACUAUGCAGAAUCAAAAGAACCGCCCCCCAUCACCUUCACCAGUCUUAAAACAGCCAUCACAGACAUCUCCAUCCUAUAAAACAGUACCCAUUCAACGUCUAUUUGUACCAAAUGCAUUGGGUGCUUUCAAAAAGAAAAGAGAAACUGUCUCUAAAACUACAAAUGAAUUUGAGGCUGUGAGCCAAAAGCGUAUGAUUCAUGAAGAGUCUGGUAAUAAAAGCACACCAGGAACAAUGAGUGCUGAGGAAGCAACAAAAAUUUUGGCAGAAAGGCGCCGUCUUGCUCGGGAACAGAAAGACAAAAAGGAAGAAGAAAGACUCCAGAAAGAAGUGGAACCAAGGAAAGCGGCGGAUGUGUCAAAGAAGGUGGAUGAAGCCCAUGUUGAGUUCUCAAAAUGUGAAGAUAGGCCACAAGAAAAAGAGAUUGAAAAGAGCAAAAAAUAUCAGCCUCAAGAAGACCAGGGAAUAAUGCAACAGAAAGGGGAUGACAGAAUAAAAGCUCAUGAAGAAGCUGAUAAACGCAAGAAGGAACAGGAGAGAAUUAUGUUACAAAACCUACAAGAACGAUUAGAAAGAAAGAAGAGAAUUGAAGAAAUAAUGAAGCGGACGAGGAAGACAGAUGUAAAUGCCUCCAAGGCUGUGGAAAGACGGGGCAAUGACACAGCUGAAGAAGAUGAGGCCGAUGAUGAGGAGACAGAAAGUGAUGAGGACUCCCUUGAUGACAUGUUUACAUCAGGCAUCGGAAAUGGUGGAGAUUCAUCUACCAAACUCACAAUGCCUUAUAAAAAUGACACAAGAGUGCCUCAAAAGCAGACGGUUUUACGGGCUGAAACUGGCAAGUUAGAUAAGGAGCAGACAGCAUACUUCAAUGGUGAUGUGAAAACCUUCAGACAGGAGGACACGACAGACUCUUCGAAUGAUGCAAAAGGCUCAGGACCAUCUACCAAAAGAGCAUCCAUUCACACAGGGAAAUCCAGCAAAGUGAGGGAAGCCACCACCAGCACCCUCUCCACCGAGAGUGUCACCACAAAUCAGGAGUGGAUUUGUGACCAGGUUUUUGACUUUGCUAGUCACAGCACUGAGUCACCUGGCCCCGAUAGCACUCCUGAUAGCUCCAGCCAUAGUCUGAGGGAUUCCAUGGCAUCUCAGCAAAGUCCUCCAACACCUUCAGACUCUGAGGAUAGGAACGAGUCUGUCUGUGCUCAGUCUGAUGUGUAAACCUCAUGUGGCCUGCGACAAUGAUUCAUCUUCCACUCUAGAUAAACUUCCCACGCCCAUGUCUCAGAAUUCUCCUGCUUCAUGCUUGAACUCUGCAAAGGAAAUGACCAUUAAAAACACAAGGAAACAAGACAUCCGAAGGCCACCUUACCAUCUGUCCUAGAAGAUACCCAUAUCAUCUCAUUUUCUUCUGAGUUCUGAGUAAAAAGACUUCUUUGUUUUUCUGGAAAAAUUCCCAUUGUCUCUCCUGUGUUUUCCUCCCAACAUGUGCGCUUGAGUGUGUACCCAGAACGUUUUUGUGAAUAACAAGUUUUAAAAGAGUUCUGUUGAAGGGACAAUGCUCUUUUCGGUGUAUUUUUAAAAUCUUUGUAUUUCUUCUGUUUAACAAUAAUAGCAGUUUUAACAACAGGAAGCUCAUUUUGGUCUUGUUAAGAACCAAACAGGUUCUGUGAGGCUCAGGAUUGCUCACAAGAGGCGUGUCAGAGUGUUGCUAAUACAGAUACUGAAGGUUGCAUAAUAUAGUAACAUUUCCCCGGGCCACAUAUGCCUGUUUCAUUCUACUGUCUUUAGUGCCCCACAGCCAUACCCCCAAAUGCUGGGUGUCCUGAAGUCCCCACGGUGCAACAGCAUGUGUCACUACCAUCAGUACAGCAUUCCCUUUGGAAAUACAUACUGGGAUUUCACUACAAAAAUAGGAAUCAUUUUUGUUAUGUACAUAAGCAGUAUUUAGCUGCUGACUCCUGGCGGUGUUGAAUUCCCCUAAAGGUUGAACAUUCAUCACCUUUUCCUGCGUGUUCUCCUCAGUCCUGUCGUCCUCAGCAUGCACUCAGGCUUGGGAUAACUAGCCAAAAUAUGCUUGCUUUUCCGUCAGCCCUGGCUGCAAGUGAGGUCGGGGCAGUGUUACUCCUCUGUCCCUGUGAGAAGCACGUGCAUGUUAUGUACACAACGUACGUAAGAACACACACACACACACACACACACACACGAGACAAAGGAUUCCAUAAAGCUGGAAUAAUGCAGAUCCCUUGUCCUUAUGCUAAUGAGUUUUAUAGUGCUGACUCACAGUUUGAAGUCGACCAAUUAUUCCUUUUGACCACCAGUCUUGGAUUUGUAAAAGGAGGUAAUUAUUCUUUCUAAUCCCUUGUUGUUUGCUGCUUUGAGUACUGUACCUUUGUUAUAGAUUAGGGCAGGAUGCCUUAAGUUUAAAAACUAUUUUUAUACACUAGCUUUCAUAUAUAAGGCAGAGACAAUCACCCUAAAAAUGAAGUUCUGAUGUUUUCUCGCCGAGAUGACCCGUGUUGAAAUGCUGUUACAGCUCUCUGUGAAUGUGUGCUCUAUGAAAUAAACUUGCAGAUCA